AUGGCCGCGUCGCCAUCGCGCGACGCGCCGCCCGCGGAUAGCCGCAAUGUCUCGGCUGAGCCACUAGCCGGCGGCGGUAGUAGCUCGGCUCGCGAGUCUCGACGGUCGUUCGAGCUCCCUCCGAUCCGGGCGUCGCCUGGCCGCAAUGGCGCCAUCACGCCGCCUCCGACGGCGGGCCGCAUUUGCCUGAGCACAAGCUACGACUCGUCGCACCGGCCGCCGCUUCCCGUCCCUCCCGCGUCGAACACCGCGCAUCAGUUUCACUCCGCUGCGGACGGGACAGCUCCAGUCAGCCGGCUGGGAAGACGGAACGCCGCGCCAAGCGGCGGGGAGGAGCUGUUGCGCAAUGCUGCGGGAGAGGCGGGCGAAGCGGCUGCGGAGAGCGGUUUGACGCAGAGGGGGAGGGGGAAAGGUUGCGCGGACGGGAUGCCGGCGCAGGGGAAGGCGGACCGGCGGAGCGGAGGUGCGGCGGGAGACUCAUGCGACGACGGGGAGCUGUCGUCGUGCGACGAAAUCGCGAGCGACGAAGGGGGCGUGACGCCCCCGCCGCACUAUGCGGGCCAGCAAGAGCACUUGCGGGCGUUCCGACAGUACGCAGGCAGCAGCGGCAGCGCCGGCGGCGGCAGCGGCGCGAAUAACGCCGCAACGGGGUCGAGCGGCGCGCACGUCACGACCCAGGCGGGGCAGAAUAUUCCGCGGGGAGACGGCGCGGGCAGCGGCAGCCCGAUGAAUUCUCUAGCGGCGUGGCGAUGGCACCAUAGCAAUAAGGUGGCGGAGUGGCUGCUCGCGCUCCCGAAUGACCUCACGCCGCCCUGCGACUCGAACUUCUCUUCGCUGCUCGACCCCUCUGACGCGGACGGCGCUUCGAAUGACGAUUCUGCCGACGCGCCGCCGAAUGCACGCGGAGUUGCUGCGAAAGCAGUCGACAGCGCGGGAGAGGAGCUGGGGGAGGGGGCGCAGGGGGGCGCGGGAGUGGGCGCGGAAGUAACCAUCGCUUCCGCGGCCUUGGGCGCAGCAGCGGAAGCGUGCGCGGAGAGGCAGGGCGGGCUUUCACCAGUGAAAGUGGUCGCGGGGGGGGCAUCGGGGGGAGCGUCCGGGGGAGUUCAGUCGUGUACUGCUUCGGGCACGCCCAGCCCCAGCCAGCCCAGCCCGCGCGCCGUGGCUGGCGGAGGGGGGGCCACGGACGAGAAGGCAGGGGAGGCGAAAGACGGACAGGGGGAGGAGGAAUCGACGGAAGAGAUUGGAAUGGGGGGAACGGAGGGCGCGGUUGGGGGAGAGAAGCAGCAGCAGCAGUUACCCCUGCCGAAGCGCCAGCCCUGCCGACCAGAUGACGUGGAAGGCAUGGUUGCCGACCUGGCUCUGGUUUGUGGUGAUGACGGCGGCGGGUUAGGCGAGAGCAGAGCAGAGGCGGUGGAACGGCAGGUGGACGCGGCGCGCGCGCUGAGGCAGCUGGCGCGGCGGGGGGAGGAGACGCGCGAAGCCAUCGUGGCUGCGGGCGCCGUUCCCGCGCUCGUGCUCAUUCUGCAACGCGCCGCCGACGCCGCUUCUGCUGCUGGCGCUGCUGCAACCACAGGUGUUUCCGGCAGCAACGGCUUUAAGUACACUCCUGGCAGUGGUGCUGCCAGCGCGGGUGCUGCUGUGCUGGCAAGCCCGCUAGUGGACUACUCGAUAUCAGCACUGGUGAACCUGAGUGUGUGCCGGGGCAUCAAGGCCAUCAUCCACGAUGCAGGCGCCGUGCAACUGCUCAUCGUGCUGCUGCGUGGCUCUGCCAUUCCCACGAUGCCCAUCAUCCCCGGCACCUCGCCGUUGAUCGGAGACUCGAAUCCGCGCUCCGAUGCGCACAGCCGCAGCUACACCCACGGGCACUCGCACACGCAAACCCACUCCUCUCGCCACUCCCACUCGCACUCCCACUCGCACUCUCACUCGCACGUGUCAGCACACAGCCACAGCCAGCACGCGUCACCAGGCCCCUCCCUCUCCUCGCCCACCAUGCUGCCUCCAGCCGCCACGUCCCCGUCCACGCGCGCCAAUGCAGCAGUGGCGCUCUAUUCGCUCUCAAAGCUGGACGAUGCCAUGCGCACGCACAUCGGCGACCUGGGCGGGGUGGACGCGCUCGUGGGGUUCCUGGCGGACAGCACAGUGACCAAGGGCCGCAAGGACGCUGCCACUGCUCUGCACAGCCUCUCCACUGUCGCGCCCAACCGCCCCAGGCUCGUCCACGCGGGCGCCGUGCACAUGCUGCUCGACUGGGUUGCCGCCUGCAAAAAAACCCCCGCUGAUGAUGCUGCUGCUGCUGGCACUGGUGGUUGUAUAGUCGGCGGGGGGAGUCUGGGCGGCAGUCAGAGGGGCGGCAGUGAGGAGGAUGAAGUGGCGCUGGUGGAGCGGGCUCUAGCUGUGUUAGCACAGGUGGCGGCGUGUGAGGAGGGGCGCGCGGAGAUGGCAGGGCGCAGCGGGAUCGAGACGCUGCUGGUGCUGGUGCAGGGCGGAGGGGGUCCGUCGGUGGCGUGUGCGGAGUAUGCAGUAGCGGCGCUGCUGGUGCUGGCCAAUAGCAGCUCCACUCUGCGCCGCAAGCUGCAUAGCCUCAACCUGGGCCCUGCUCUCACCCAGCUGGCUGUGAACUUCAGCCCCAAGGCCAAGGGAAAGACCACGUGUGAUGCGGACCAGGCAACAAGCAAGCACCGGCAGUACGAGCGGCGGCAGCAGCGCGCGGCUUCAAACAGGGAGCUGAGGCGGUGGCGGGGCGUGCAGGGCGGUGCAGUGAACGUGGACGACGCACAGUGCGUGCUAGAGGCACGGCAGUGUGGCAUGGACGUGCGUGGGCCGUGGAGCAGGGUCACCAUGAUGCAUGAUCAUCACGCCAUGCCGCAUGCAUGGGACAGCCAUGGCGGUUCGCGGCGCAACCAGCAGCAGCAGCAGCGAGAGGAGGAACAGCGGGGUAGAGAUGAGGAUGAGGGGGGUUGGACGGGAAGUGGCUUCGGGGAAGGGGGGCGUGGAGGUGGGGGUGGGAGGAAGCAGCCGUGGGUGCAUUAUUGGCAGCACAUGAAGGCACGGGAGAUUCAAGAGAGGUUGCGAGACCGCUCCUUCGCAGCAGCGUCCUUCCACUGGGACGGCUCCUUCUCCUCCUCCUUCGCCCGCCACCCCUCCUCCGUCCGCUUCUUCCGCUCAGCACGCCGCAACCACCAACCCUUCUCCUCCUCCAAUGGCGCAACUGGAGAUUUUCCGGGCGGAUCAGCAGAGCAUUUUGACAAUGAGGACGCGUGGAGGGGACACGGCGGGGCAGAGAGGGACGGGGGUUACCGCGGGUGGUCGCGGGCAGAUGAGGCGGAGGCGUGGCGGAGGCAGCAGCAGGUGGACUCAUACAUGGAUACCGGAGAGGUGACAUACGAUCAUCUGCGGCAUGACCACGACCACGACCAUGGGGACUACGAGCCAUACGGCACGGGGCAUCAGCAGAACGCCUACUACAAGCGGUGGGCCCCGCCGCGAGACAAUCCGUGGGAGCGGUUCGGGCAGAUCUGGCAGGAAACGGAGAGGAUUCGGAUGGAGACAGAGAGGAUUCGGAAGGAGAGGGAGGAGUGGGCAUCGAGAGGAGAUGCAGGGAGGGGCAAGGACGGGCUGAGCUGGGAGGAGAUGGAGAUGAGGCGGCUGCUAGGGCUGGCCACUCAAGGGCCCCUCACCCAGGCGUCGUUGAAAGCAGCGUACCAUCGGUGUGCGAAGCAGUGGCAUCCGGACGCACAUCACGGGUUGAAGCCAGAGGCCCGGGCUGAGGCAGAGCGGCGCUUCAAGCUCAUCUCAAGUGCUUAUGAAACCCUGUCCGCACGCCUGGCCAAGUGA